AUCGUAGCUGUCAAAUAGCCCAGCGCGUACUGGCCUUUUCACGAUCGUCGAUCGUAUAGUGCAACCUGUUGCAGCCUGUUUUGUUUACAAAAUUUUGUUUUAUUUACAACUAACCUUUUUUCAUUACUUUAUUGCCUGCUAUCGUAAAAAGUUCACAGAAUCCAGCAUGUCCAUACACCUGAUGUGCCUUACCUCGGAUGGUGGUGUACCGAUUUACUCGAAGAAAAGAGGCGAUAGCGAAAAUCUUCCAUUUUCGACGAUCGCCUCACUGAAUGGCGUGCACAUGUUUUGCAAAUCGCAGGGUGUUGAUCUACCCAUCACCUACCUGGAGGAUAGUAUGAUCAUGUGGAAAGAGUUCGAGGGUACGAUCGUGAUGAUCGGCAUUGCGCGAGACAUCACGGAGAAGACGCUUCGCCAGCUGCUCGAUUACUCCUACCAGGCGAUGGUGUUUUGCGUUGGCAUACAUUCGAUCAAGAAGAUCAAGAACAUCGAUCGCUUUAAGCGGGAGCUCAAGAACUAUUACCCGCUGAUCGAUCAGCUGCUGGAGGUCGUGGAGGCUGAUCUCUUCCGGUACGUCGACUGUGUGCUGUGCUCGGAAAGUAUGGGCAUGCUGACGAAGCUGAACGAAUUCAGCGUCCAGAUUGGGUCACCGUUCUGUGCGAUUCUGGUCCGGCAGCGGAUCGCAUGCGGUACGGAAGGCUGGUGGGAUUUGGAUGUGAUCGAUCGAAAGCUGCUGAUGUUGCUGCUGAACGCUUCCAGCACGAUCCAGCAAGAUGUACCAGUUUAUUUGCCGAAAAAAUCACCCAGCAUUGCGUAUCGCUUCAUAAGCAUUCCGCUGACGCAGGGUGUCAGCAUCUGUGCGCUGUGUGGCGCGGAACCGAAGUAUGAUGUGCUGCAGGGACUAAGCCAACAGUUUUGGAUGGGUGAGCUCGAUAUGCUGAUAUCGGCCGAGCAAAAGUAUCCGAAAAGUUUCCCCACGACCGUUGAGCUGGAUACGCACAUAUUGGGCUUUCUGUUGCUAAAUCGGGAACACGCCAAGUACGUCAUGUCACGGGGCGCUGUACAAGCGCUGAACAACAAUCCGGGUGGAAAGGUGCGUCCGUCCGGUACGACGAUGUCCACCGGUGGUCCGUCCGGUCAUCAUCGGUUGGACAUUCUGCGAUCGUUCUUCCAUCAGUCGGUCGACGUGAUGGAGGACACGCUGCGGGAAGGUGAUCGGGUGAUCAAUCUCGAGCAGUACUGGUGUUCCGACUAUCACAAAUGUCACGCCCUGAUCGAGGGAAGCAACGUCCUGUGUGUGCUGUACACGUCCGCCAUUCCAACGCACAUCAUGCGGAUAGUAACACAAAAAACACUGAACACGUUGAUAUCGGAUAAGGAUGUGUGCUGGUAGCGUGUGGAUCGAAGGGCGACACUGAUCAACGACUGAAAUGGAUGUGAUCGUACUUGUAAGAGGAUUUAUCAUCAAUCAAUCAUCUCACCUAACGUAUGGAUUAAUAGCUGUGGACAGAGUUUAUAGAAUUUUCACGCGAAGGUCCCUGUGAGCGUCCUGUCCUGAUCGAUCAGUUGAGCAAAAACUGCGCCUUUAUCUUUGUGACAGAGCAUCCUUGCAAACGGUGCGGUCAAAUAGCUUAGCCGAGAUGGCAUGUCGUGAUCGAGGACCUUACCCAAUCCAAGCUGUGUCUAAAAUGGAGUAGCAACUGCUCGCUAUUGUCUCGGUAGGGUAGACAAUUAUUUAUUUCUUAAUCUACGGGUCACCCAGACUCUCGUAGCACUUUUUCUUCCUUGACACUACAACCUCGAAAAGAUUCGAGCCUGGCUUUUUAAGCUUUCUGUGACUCAAUUUUACCCCGUAGUAAAGUAAUCAGCUCUGUAUGCGGUCUCUGAUGGAAUUUGGAAUCCUGGUUCUGCCGUAUGAAAACCGGUGCCGCUAUUGCCUUUGACACCGGACCGGACUCUCAGAACUCUGUUGGCAAAUUUAUUUUAAUCCCCCACGUUAGGAUACACAUCAUUAAUCCGCAUUUUAUUUAUAUUCCAUAUUACACUAUUGAAGCCCACUUGCCCACUCUCGGUUGAGCAAAUAAAACAAGUAAAAUAUCAAUCGUUUGUUUGUGUUUUUUUCGUAUGCUUGUGUUCAGUUCCGGUAAAGGGCGCUGCAAUGGGGGCAAUGAAUGUGGGCGCUAGGGGACGUUGCUUUCUAUGCUUACUAAUUAUAUCAAUUUGGCUUACGCUUAUGGAACGGGGUCAGAAGAGUGGCAGAAAGAAAUAAAAGAAAUAUAGAGGAAGGUAAAGAAUAGCCGGAAGAAGCGAACAUUUAAACUACACCCCCUGCUCGUUAUUGUCCAGUACAAUUGAAAUAACCUAAUAAUGGAAGAGGAACUAGCCUUACAGUUACAACCAAACAGCUAGAAAUUGAUUUUCCAUUUCCUUCCCUUCUUCGUUGCUAUAAAUUCGUUCCGUUCGAGUCAAACGUCCACCACCAAAACCAAUUUUCUAGUAACAGAACAGAUAGAGUAGAAUAGUUAACAGAGUUUAAAGACGUUUCGGUAAGCUCCCCCGAACUUUUAAUAGGCUUCUCUUCCAUCCCCUGAUACGCACGCACAUGCACAUCACUGCGCUUACAAAUAAAUAAUGCUGCGCUUGUCUAUAGAUAUAUGCCGGGUUCGCCGGUUAGCCCUAUUAGCGCCGGACGCACAGUUAAUUCUUACACACCAAAAACACAACAAAACAACAAACAGAACGGAAAACAUUGUAAACAGCCUUUUUUUCGUAUUCCGCUUACUAGCCACACUAUGGUUUGCUACAGAUAGAUGACUAAGGAUGAGGAUAUUUUUGAGCGCUGUGUAGUAGCUUUGUGCUGUGCGGAGGUUGAUUGUCAACCCGGUGCAGCAGCCCCAUCGGUUUGUGAUCGGAACAGAACGCCACAACAUCUAAAUGCUACAAAGAUGCUAAUGGUAAUAUCGACGCUAAACUUAGUUAUUGUUUCCUUCCACACGUUUUUUUUUACAGUAUUUAUCACCAUCAAUAGAUGUUGCCGUUUGUAGAGACCGUUGGGAGCUUAAGUUAAUAACACUUCUCGAUAGAAUAUAGGCAGCUGCGGGUUCUAUCUAGCUUAGCUAAAAUUAGUAACUUAGUAAAAUUUUACACAUCACAUGGCAGGUGGUGAAGGUGGAUGGAAAACUCUCAGGGCCCUCAGGACUACCACCAAGGGUGCCUGCCUGUCUUCUUUUCAAUUUGAGGCUAGAGAGAGCCAUCCGCGACUCAGAGGUGCAAUCUUCGGAGACCAUCUCUUUUUAUAUCUAUCAGAGACCAUCUGGGUUCAAUACUAGAAUUCAAGGGCAAGUACGAUUGUAUGUAUGGAGAAUAUGAUAAUUUCUAAAUUUUGGCAACAAAUCAAAGCUUAAGUCCAACUAAGCUAGUUAUGCCGCACGGGGCUGCCUACAUUCUAUCUGAGGUGAGAUUUUAACCUGAAGUGUUCCUGAUAGUCUCUACACAUUCAUUCCAGCAUUGCACGCACUGUUUGAGUAAAUAUUAUUGUCAUGCGCCUUUUGGAUCCUAUCACUCGGGACAUGUGAUUUUAGCAACCCUUCCUUCCACUCGCUCUCUCUCCCUCCCUCGGGGUUUGCAUUCUAGUUGCAGUUGAAUGUUUCAAUACGAUUACAAUUAUUAUCCGUUUUUAAUGGUUAGUCAGUACCGUGUACAUAUGUUUUCUAGACUCUAGCGCACGGUUUCGUAUAAAGAUGGAAGCAUUUGGCUCUGUGUGUACACUAGCGGAACGAUGAUUUGUAUCGUUGCAUUCCAAUGUCUAAUUAUUCGAUAGGAGAGAAAUCGACCUGCUCAUAUCAUCGAAAUACCACUAGGGCUGGU